AUUUCUCAUUGCGCUUCUCAUAGCUGGUAAAAUGUUCCCCAGGGUGAUUUUGAAGGGAACUCUGAUCAAAAAAUCUCAACAGAAGAAGCGAGUGUCACCCUGUAACUAUAAAGAGAGAUUUUUUGUGUUGGAUACCCAAGACCUGAAGUAUUCUGAACGUCGUCCCGGGAAAAAGCCUUUGCUGAAAGGUUGUAUCGAGCUGUCCAGAAUUAAGUGCGUGGAGAUUGUGUGUACUGAUGUGCCCAUACCAUGCAGCUUUAAGUACCCUUUUCAGGUUUUUCAUGACAGUUAUUACCUCUACAUAUUUGCACCAGACAAUGAUUGCCGUCAGAAAUGGGUCAGAGCUCUUAAAGAGGAGACAAAGAAUAACAACUUAGUUCCAAAAUACCACCCAAACUUCUGGAUGGAUGGAAAAUGGAGAUGCUGCCAGCAAACAGAGAAACUGGCGACUGGGUGCAACGUGUACGACCCAGUGGGCUAUGCCUCUAAAAAGCCGCUUCCCAGCCUCCCGGAGCCAGAGAUGGAGCUGGAAGAUUCGGGGCAACAGAAGGUCAUCGCUUUGCAAAACUACACGCCACAGGGAGACAAUGACUUACCUCUUCAGAAAGAUCAGGAGUAUCUCCUGGUUAAGAAUUCCCAUUCCACCUGGUGGCUUGUACAGGAUGAGAGAGGAAACUCGGGUUUUGUGCCCAGUACGUACGUAGCUGAAAAAUCCAUCAACAACUUUGAAAGAUUUGAAUGGUACAACAAAAACAUUAGCAGAGCGCAAGCAGAAGAAUUGCUAAUGAAAGAGGGUAAGGAAGGUGCAUUCAUGGUGCGGGACUCAAGACAGGCGGGAGUGUACACAGUGUCUGUUUUCACCAAAGCACCAGGGUCUAACGGGGAGAAGAAUCCGAGAGUGAAGCAUUACCAAAUCAGACAGACCGAAACGAGCCCAGCUUCUUUUUACCUGGCAGAGAAGUACCUGUUUAGCACCAUUCCUGAGCUCAUAUAUUACCACCAGCACAAUGCUGCGGGGCUAAUAACACGGCUGAGACACGCUGUCUCUCAAGGUGGACGCUGCUCCCAGGAUGCUACUGAUAUCGCAAAAGAUCAGUGGGAAGUGGACCCUGAGGAGCUGAUACUGGGUCAGGAGAUAGGCAGCGGCCAGUUUGGACUGGUGCUGGAAGGCAGCUGGAGGGAUCUCAAGGUAGCGGUGAAGAUGGUAAGAGAAGAGUGCAUGUCAGACGAGGAAUUUAAAGAAGAGGCACGGAUUAUGAUGAGACUCUCUCACUCUAAGCUGGUACAGCUGUAUGGCGUGUGCACACAGCAUUCUCCCAUCUGCCUCGUGUUUGAGUACAUGGACAACGGCUGCCUGACGGACUACCUGCGAGAAAGGAAAGGCUCCUUGUCUCAGGAUAUAUUGUUGGGGAUGUGUCUGGAUGUCAGUGAAGGGAUGGCUUAUCUAGAGAUGUCCAACUUCAUCCACAGAGAUCUGGCUGCCAGGAACUGUCUCGUCUCAAAGAACAACGAGGUGAAGGUAUCUGACUUUGGAAUGACCAGAUUUGUUCUUGAUGAUCAGUACACGAGCUCACAGUGCUCCAAGUUCCCUGUCAAGUGGUCAGCCCCAGAGGUCAUCAGAUACUGCAAAUUCAGCACCAAGUCUGACGUCUGGUCGUUCGGUGUGCUCAUGUGGGAGGUGUACAACGAAGGCCGACUCCCCUAUGAGAACCGCACUAAUGCAGAAGUGGUGGACUCCCUGAACGCAGGCCUGAGGCUCCUGAAGCCGCGCUUGGCCCCGGACUCUGUCCACCUACUCAUGGAGUGGUGUUGGAAGGAGAAACCAGACGAUCGCCCAACAUUUGGGCUCCUCUUUCACGAGCUGGCCUCCCUUUCAGACACCUGAACCAACAUGUGAUUUUGUGAUUUUUUUUUAUAUAUAAUAUUUAUUUUAUUUAUUGACUGUAACCAGUUGCUUGUCAGUUGUAAAGUUAGAUAAUUCCCAAAUAAUUUUAUAUCCUGGAUUUUGCACUUUAUCUCUUUCGUAGCUUUGUAAGUAUCCCCUGAGAGCUCACACAGUCCAUUCACACAGCUACUGGUGCUUCCUGCAGAAUCAUGUAAAGGUUUGAGUAAUUCUAUAAGCCAUAUAAAAGUGAGAUGUUUGCUUUUCAGUCAGCUGACUGUCAUUAAACAGAAUGUUUUACAUCUUG